CCCUGGAGGGAGCAUCUCGUGAGCAGAGAGGGAGCAGGCAGCUGCAGACUCCAGACACCUCCACCAUGACCACGGCAGGGCUUUUGGUGCUCCUCUCCUUCGCCCUUUGCUGCUUCCCAGAUACUGCCUUUGGGAUUGAGGUGGACUGCAGUACAUAUCCCAACACCACAAAUGAGGAGGGCAAAGAGGUGCUGGUCUGCAGCGAGGCCGUCAGCCCCAUCUGUGGUUCUGACGGUGUCACCUACGGCAACGAGUGCCUGCUCUGUGCCUACAAUGCAGAAUAUGGAACCAAUGUCAGCAAAGACCACGAUGGAGAAUGCAAGGACGUUGCCCCUGUGGAUUGCAGCAGGUACCCCAACACAACCAGUGAGGAGGGCAAAGUGGUGGUGCUCUGCAGCAAAGACAUCAGCCCCGUCUGUGGGACCGACUGGGUCACCUACGACAACGAGUGCCUGCUCUGUGCCAGGAACAUAGAGGCUGGAACCAGUGUUGGCAAGAAGACUGAUGGUGAAUGUAAGAAGGAAAUUGUCACAGUUGACUGCAGUGACUACCCCAAACCUGUCUGCACACUUGACUACAUGCCCCUCUGUGGCUCUGACAACACAACAUACAACAAUAAAUGCAACUUCUGCAAUGCAGUCGUGGACAGCAAUGGGACUAUCACUUUAAGCCAUUUUGGAAAAUGCUGAGUAUCAGUGCCAAGAGAAUUCACCACAGAUCCCCACUGGCAAAUCCCAGCUAAAGAUCUCACCUCAGUUCAUCUCACCCUCUGGGGAACUCAGCUCACUCCUGAUUUUCUGUCUCAAUAAACUAAAUCAGCAACA